GCCGCCGCCGCUGUGUCCCGCCGGAGGAAGGCCGAGUAUCCCCGCCGGCGGAGGAGCAGCCCCAGCGCCAGGCCUCCCGACGCCCCAGGGCAGCAGUCCCAGGCCGCGAAGCCCCCGUCUCCAGCUCAGGGCAAGAAGAGUCCGCGACUCCUAUGCAUAGAAAAAGUAUCAACUGACAAAGAUCCCAAGGAAGAGAAAGAGGAAGAAGAUCCUGCCCUCCCUCAGGAAGUUUCCCUCGCUGCAGCUAGGCCGAGCCGGGGCUGGCGCAGCAGCAGCAGGACGUCUGUCUCUCGGCACCGUGACACAGAGAACACCCGAAGCUCUAGAUCCAAGACUGGUUCCUUGCAGCUCAUCUGCAAGUCCGAACCAAAUACAGAUCAGCUUGAUUAUGAUGUUGCUGAAGAGCAUCAGUCUCCGGGUGGCAUUAGCAGUGAUGAGGAGGAGGAAGAAGAAGAAGAGAUGUUGAUCAGUGAAGAGGAAAUUCCCUUCAAAGAUGACCCAAGAGAUGAGACCUACAAACCCCAUUUAGAAAGGGAAACCCCAAAACCACGGAGAAAAUCAGGCAAGGUGAAAGAAGAGAAAGAGAAGAAAGAAAUAAAAGUGGAAGUAGAGGUAGAAGUGAAAGAAGAAGAGAAUGAAAUUAGGGAAGAUGAGGAGCCUCCUAGGAAGAGAGGAAGAAGGCGAAAAGAUGACAAAAGUCCACGAUUACCCAAAAGGAGAAAAAAGCCUCCAAUCCAGUAUGUCCGUUGUGAGAUGGAAGGAUGUGGAACUGUUCUUGCUCAUCCCCGCUACUUGCAGCACCACAUUAAAUAUCAGCAUUUGCUGAAGAAGAAAUACGUGUGUCCCCAUCCCUCCUGUGGGCGACUCUUCAGGCUUCAGAAGCAACUUCUGCGACAUGCCAAACAUCACACAGAUCAAAGAGAUUAUAUCUGUGAAUACUGUGCUCGAGCCUUCAAAAGUUCCCACAACCUGGCCGUGCACCGGAUGAUUCACACUGGCGAGAAGCCAUUGCAAUGCGAGAUCUGUGGAUUUACCUGUCGGCAAAAGGCAUCCCUUAAUUGGCACAUGAAGAAGCACGAUGCAGAUUCCUUCUACCAGUUUUCUUGCAAUAUCUGUGGCAAAAAAUUUGAGAAGAAGGACAGCGUAGUGGCGCACAAAGCAAAAAGCCACCCUGAGGUGCUGAUUGCUGAAGCUCUGGCUGCCAAUGCAGGCGCCCUCAUCACCAGCACAGAUAUCUUGGGCACUAAUCCUGAGUCCCUGACACAACCUGCAGAUGGUCAAGGUCUUCCUCUCCUUCCUGAGCCCUUGGGAAAUUCCACCUCUGGAGAGUGCCUCCUGCUAGAAGCUGAAGGGAUGUCAAAGUCAUACUGUAGUGGGACGGAACGGGUGAGCCUGAUGGCUGACGGAAAGAUCUUUGUGGGAAGUGGCAGCAGUGGGGGCGCUGAAGGGCUGGUCAUGAACUCGGAUAUACUCGGUGCUACCACAGAGGUUCUGAUUGAAGAUUCAGACUCUACUGGACCUUAGUGGAAGGGAAGACUUUGGGCGCUGGGACAGCUAAGACUUUGUAUUUAAAAGAUAAAAGGACAAAAAAAAAAUUUAAAGCAUUUAAAAUCUAGUAAAAUAACUGAAGGGCCUGCUCUUUCCAUUGUGGAUCACAGCACACACACACACGCACACACACACCUCCCCUUCUCCCUCUAUUCUCCUCCUCAUAAAAUUGAUGUUGCCUUUACCAGAAAGCUAGACAAAGAAACAGCUCUUAAAGUGAGGGUUACUCUUACCUUCAGUUCCAGCCAGGCAGACUUCCUGGUCAUCAGCAGAUCCCCCUUUUCAACCUGUAACUCUGAUGUGCUCUGGAUCAGCUUUUAAUUCUUAAUGAUAUAUUAAUAUCCUCUAAACCCCUUCUCCUCCUUUACUGCUGCCCUAUGGUUCUGGCUUCUACCCCCUGCAGCACAUUUAUCUUCAAAAUACCGUAUAAUUCUAAUCUCUGGAGGCUGGCAGCUUGACUUGGCACUUUAAGGCCCCUUAGCAGGGUGAGCUGUUAAAACAGCACACAUCUCUCACCCCCUUUCCUUCCAUUCCCCCUGGGUUUAGGAAAGGAAGGAUCCAUGGGGACCAUCUCCCACCUCUUCACCUUCACCACCUUCUUCAGUCCCCCUCCCGACACCUCCGUAAGGUUCUCAGUGGUGCUCCCUUGCUUGGAAGCAGGCCCCCAGCAGGGAGGGGGCUGCCCUCUGCGUGGUCUCUCUGACCACAAGACAGGGCUCUGCAUCAGUGAGGCAGUGAGAAGAGUCCCAGGCUAAAGGCAGAGAUUUGCACUUUGAACAUGUGUGUCUUUGUGUUGUGAAACCUGAGAGUCCUUAUUUAUUAACGGAAAGUCUGAUUUUUUUUUUUUUUGUCUUUGUUGCUGUGUUUUGUGGGGCUGGGAGAGAGUAGAUUAUUCUGAUGUGGGGUCCUUUGCAUAAGAGGUACUUGUAGAAGGUGAGAGGUAGGGUUGAAGAAGCACCACCAGCCCCUAAAAUCAUAGCUUUCUCCAGUGGCCUUUAAAGAAACUGGUCCUCCACACUAACACAGUCACUACAGUAGCCCCACGCUUUGUCGGAAGCCUUUUUGGGGAAAGACAUUAGGUUUGUGGUAGUUAGCGCUCUUUGAGUCUUUAGAACAUUGAGGUUUAGGAAUUUUGAGGGGAUGAGGAAAACUGUUCGGAGUCUAAAUUAGAGAUAAAAGGUUUUCUCUUACGAACUUGAUCGUUUUCGUUUUUUGUCCCCAUCAUUUCUUUGUACGUGCCUCCUGUUAGCCCAGCUCGGGCCCCUGCUGCGCUUUUGCUUUGCUUUGUCGUUGGUGCGUUCCAGCUCCCCGUUGGUGAAGGACACUGCCCUCGGGGAAGGGAUGGUCCGCUCAUGCAGUCUGAAGUCAGAGAAAGUUGCUGUAUUUUGUUUCGCUUUUAGUAACCCUUCCGAAACAGAAAGGCUUCCACGAAGUCAGUCAUCCAUAUAAUGCUUUGCUUUCACCCGAAGUUCUGGGGAUCACCCCUUCCCUUGAGACAGGGGUUUUCGUGGGGUGGAACACUUACUUACUACUGUCCAUGGGAGAAAGUGUGUUUUUGUACAACUCCAUAACUCCCAGAAGACUGAAAACCUAUUUUGGCUCGUUUUUAGAGAAUUAGAAGGGCAGUUUCUCUCCUCCGUACCUCAGAAGCUGGAAUUAAAGGCUUGCCCUAUUCAUUGUUUGUCAGAAAUGUGUGAUGGUUGUUGGAAAGAAUGAAGUUUGCUGAGGAUGAAAUAAGGAGCAGCUUGUUUUUCAUGAACACUAAAACUACAAAGUUUAUCAAUUUUCUCUGAUUUUUUUCCAUAAAGAAGGGUAACAAAAUGUCAUCUCUGAAAGAGGCUGGCUUUACACCCACUAGUGUCAGCGGUUGGGAUGCCGGAGAAUAGGGGGUGGGACACCUACAGUGAGCAAUCCUAAAUGCACUAUUGUUUCUUUUCAGUGUCGCAGACUUGCCAUCCCUCCAGUGUUGGGGUGAGCAGUGGAAUAAGGCUAGAAGGGACGUAGAAUGCUUUCCUGCCCACAGUGAGGACAUGGAGUUGACUUUGGUAUGUUGAGUAGAUUUGAAAACACAAGAUUGAUCAGAUGGGUCGACGACAACGUUGCUCCGCUGCCGGACGAGUCCGUUUGGUAGUGUUUCACUAGCUAGCUUCCACACCCCGCACUUGCCUCUGUCCCGUCACACUUACCUCAUCCUUUGUCUCCAUGAGUUGCACUUGCAGUGGCUAGUCAUCAGAUAUUUUAGCCACCCACACAAGAGCAAACUGCAUUAGAAAACAACAACAAAACCUUGAUGAGAUAGAGGGGAAAUACGUUCUUCCCUGAAUCACACUCCUCCCCACUGAAAGCAACCAGUUAGUUCUGGUAAUUAGAAGUUUCUGUUCUUUGUCCCCUGUUGUAGUCCUCUUCGUGGCUACCAUUUGCCUGCAGUUUGCUUCAGUAUAUUAUUGUAGCAGUUUGCGAUACAUUUUAAAAUCCUUCCGUGGACUUGGUUCUUUUUUCUUUUGAGAAAGGGAUGUUAGCAAAGUAAUGAGUUGGUUUAAGUGAACUGUCUUGUACUAGGUUCUCUUCCCUUUUCCAUUCUGUUCCUCAUGCUGUUUACUUCAUUGUCCUUCUGAGGAACUCUCUUAAUCUUAAAAUUCUGCAUUUCCUCAUCUUACUCAGAUUCUGUUACCUUUUUGAUAACUCUUCCCACUGCAUAUUCUCAGUCUUGAACUAGCAAUUCUGAAUUCUGAAAAUGUAAUUGAGCUACAAGUACUCUUUCUGCAAGACGUGUUUCCCCCUUGUUUGUGGUUGCCCAGGAUAAUUUUGCAUAACUGAGACUUAAUAUGCUUCAGAGAGUUUCGAUAAACACUGGCCAAGAUUACUGGGAGUAAAACAUAAGAUAUAUUAAGGUAAGGAAAAGCAUCCACACAGAGCACUUGAACCUCCUUUGUACCUGUUUGGAGAAAAAAAUAUAAAGAGUGUACUAAACUAAGGUUAUUGCAGUCUGGUGGUUUGAAGUACCAUUUUCCCCUCCUGUCUUUUUCCCACUUUUCAAUGUACUCAAGAAAAUUGAAAAAUUGUAAUGAAUCAAUUUAAAAUAUUUUAUUUCCUAAAAGCCUUUUUGCCUAUUGUAAUAUGCAGGACCCUUCUCCUUUGAUGGGAGAGACAGGUAGUUACCUGAAUCUAGGUUGAAAAGGUUAUGUAAAAAGAAAUUAUAAUAAAAGGGAUACUCUGCUUUUCAA